AGAAUUCAUAUAAAUUCAUCUUUAUCUGUUUUUUUGCUUUGGUGGACCUUAUUUUUAAAUUGACAUUAGUCAACAAAACUCAUGAAUUCAACUGUUUUUGUCAAAUAGUUUUGUGUUCAGCUUGUAACCCUGGUUGUCCUGAAAAGAAGAUGGUGAAACACUUGUGAGGCGAAGUACAAGGGCUUUACAUAUACAUGAAAGUCAGAUAAGGAAAAGGCUAAUCUUUUUCUGGGGUCACAGGACUGAUAGGGUUAACCGUUUUAACAGUGGUUAUCUUUCAGACUGGUUCCACCCCCAGAACGCACAAACCUAUGGCAUGUGUGUACACACAGCCUUCAAUCAACAAACAUCCAGCCUAUCAGAAAGUCUCCCAGAGUGAGGCCCAGGCAGGAGCCGGCUGCUGCUGACCAAGGCACCAUGAUGGAGGGGGGCAUGCAGCUGCUGAACCGUGACGGCCACAGCAUCUCGCACAACUCCAAGCGCCACUACCACGACUCGUUCGUGUCCAUGAACAGGAUGCGCCAGCGCAGCUUGCUCUGCGACAUCGUGCUGCACGUCUCCAACAAGGAGAUUAAGGCACACAAGGUGGUGCUGGCAUCCUGCAGUACCUACUUCCACGCCAUGUUUACAAAUGAGAUGUCGGAGAGUCGCCAGACCCACGUGACCCUGCAUGACAUUGACCCCCAGGCGUUGGAACAGCUGGUUCAGUAUGCCUACACAGCAGAAAUCGUGGUGGGGGAGGGCAACGUGCAGACCUUACUCCCAGCGGCCAGCCUGCUGCAGCUCAACGGGGUGAGGGACGCCUGCUGUAAGUUCCUCCUCAGCCAGCUGGACCCCUCGAACUGCCUGGGCAUCCGCGGCUUCGCAGACACACACUCCUGCAGCGACCUGCUCAAGUCGGCGCACAAGUACGUCCUGCAGCACUUCGUGGAGGUGUCCAAGACCGAGGAGUUCAUGCUGCUGCCGCUGAAACAGGUAUUGGACCUAAUCUCCAGUGACAACCUGAACGUGCCGUCGGAAGAGGAGGUAUACCGGGCCGUGCUGAGCUGGGUCAAACACGACGUUGACGGGCGCAGGCAGCACGUUCCCUGGCUGAUGAAGUGUGUACGCCUGCCCCUACUGCGGAGGGAUUUCCUCAUGAGCAACGUGGACACGGAGCAGUUGGUGCGUCACCACUCGGAGUGCAAGGACCUGCUCAUCGAAGCCCUCAAGUACCACCUGAUGCCCGAGCAGAGAGGCGUGCUGAGCAACAGCCGCACCCGGCCUCGUCGCUGCGAGGGCGCCAGCCCCGUGCUCUUCGCCGUUGGUGGGGGUAGUCUGUUUGCCAUCCACGGCGACUGCGAGGCCUACGACACGCGGACCGACCGCUGGCACAUGGUGGCCUCUAUGUCCACCCGGCGGGCACGGGUGGGCGUGGCGGCCAUAGGAAACAAGCUGUACGCAGUGGGAGGGUAUGACGGUACCUCCGAUCUAGCGACUGUGGAGUCCUACGACCCGGUCACCAACUCCUGGCAACCCGAGGUUUCCAUGGGGACGCGACGGAGCUGUCUGGGUGUGGCGGUGUUGCACGGCCUCCUGUACGCGGCCGGCGGUUACGACGGAGCUUCCUGCCUCAACAGUGCAGAGCGGUACGACCCUCUGACCAGCACCUGGACCUCCAUCGCUGCCAUGAGCACCCGAAGGAGAUAUGUCCGUGUGGCCACUCUGGAUGGUAGUCUGUAUGCAGUAGGAGGGUAUGACAGUUCCUCACACCUAGCUACAGUGGAGAAAUAUGAACCACAGAGCAACGCGUGGACGGCCAUCGCCAACAUGCUGAGCCGACGCAGCAGUGCUGGGGUGGCUGUGCUGGAGGGCAUGCUCUACGUAGCCGGGGGAAAUGACGGCACCAGCUGCCUGAACUCAGUGGAGCGGUUCAACCCCAAGACCAAUGCCUGGGAGGGCGUGGCGCCCAUGAACAUCCGCAGAAGUACCCAUGACCUUGUGGCCAUGGACGGCUGGCUGUACGCAGUGGGCGGCAACGACGGCAGCUCCAGUCUCAACUCCAUUGAGAAGUACAACCCGCGCAGCAACAAGUGGGUGGCGGCCUCCUGCAUGUUCACGCGACGCAGCAGCGUGGGCGUGGCCGUCCUGGAGCUGCUCAACUUCCCGCCGCCCUCGUCGCCCACGCUCUCCGUGUCCUCCACCAGCCUUUGACACGGGGCUAGGUUCCGGCUGACCUCAGCCCCCGCCUCGGUCACCGCCGCCCCCGCACAGCCAGGCCCAAGCAAGAGACGUAACUGCUCUGUGUGAAGGGGGGAGGGGGGGGGGGAAUGGAGGGGGUGCAGUUAAACAGAGAAGAGGUGAUGAGGUUGGAAGAGCGAAGGAUGGGGAGAGGGGGAGAAACACAGAGGUUGCUGGUGGAUCUUUUGCGGUCUCGUUUCCUGAGGUCUCGCUGUAUUACCGUGAAGAUACCAGCUCCUAGUCUCUUGAAGAACACGGUAGAGUUUUCCUUGGAUAAAGAUAAAAACAAACUAAAAAACAUCCUCCCUUUAUCCCUCUUUCCCUUUGCAAUCCAAUGCUUGAAACACAGUCUCUGAAGACAGUCACUUUGUGUAUCAUGUGUACUGUAAAUGUCACCAUUUUUGCAAUAAUAUAUAUAUGGAUAUUGAAAUGAAUUAUUUUAACUAAGGAAUGUAGCUAUAGACUGGUUCUGCCAUGCAUGCUUAUCGUGUCCUGGCCGGCAGGAAUAAAAAUGUAUAGUGCUGCUGAAUGUGUCACACUAGGUGGCAGUAACAGCCAAUGUUGUUUUACCGUCCAACCCCACAGACGCACGUGGGGAGGAGGGUGAAGUUACCCCUAGACGCUGAUCUUGGGUCAGUUUAGCAUUUUCCCCACGAAUGGUUAAGGUUAGGAUUGGGAAAGGGGGAGCUGAUCCUAGAUCUGUACCUAGGGGAAACGUCACACUGAAAAAUAGAUCUAUUGAUACUAGAUCUACCGUUACUCAAAACUGUAGAUUUGUUGAAAUCCCUUUUUUUAUAUAAAAAAAAACAAUUCCGUUGAAUUCUAUUUCUUAUUUAUUAAAUGUAAAACAAUCUAUAGCUAAUAUAUUCAGACAAUUUCAAAGAUGCUUUAUGAAAAGCAAAUGGACCACUGCUACAAUUCAAGAGAGACGUAUUGUUUUUAUUUUGUUGCGUUAACUUUGUGCAUAUCAUGGAUGGAAGUGUGUCAUCGAAAAUGUCAAAGUGUGACACUGUUAGUCAUUCAGUGUGUGCUUGAGAGUUGAGUGUAUGAGUGAAGAGAGGAUUGAUAAGGAUGUCUUAAACUGAAGACAAUAUCAGGGCCGUAUUCAUAAAGUAUCUCCGAGUAGGAAUUCUGAUCCCGGAUCAGGUCAUCUCUCUUAUUCUGAAUGAUUUAAAAGGCUACACUGAUUCUAGAUCAGCACUCCUACUCCGAGACGCUUAACACAUACGGGACCCCGGUCAACUGAAAUAUCUCUUUUAUUAUUUGUAAUGGAAAACAGUUGAAAGAUAAAGGUUUAUUUUUAUCAUGCAGUGGUUCAUGUAACCUUGAGAGAAUUUAGCUGAUGCAUUUACAGGUCCUCGUGGAUAUUCUUUUGUGUGUUGGUACCUUGACUGUAAUGUAAUGUAAGUAUAUUUUUUGUGUGUUUUUUUUAUUGCCAUGCCACGUGCAUGACACCACCAAUGUCAUUAAUAGUUAAUGAGGGCGGCAGGGUAGCCUAGUGGUUAGAGCGUUUGACUAGUAACCGGAAGGUUGCAAGUUCAAAUCCCCGAGCUGAGGUACAAAUCUGUCGUUCUGCCCCUGAACAGACAGUUAACCUGUUCCUAGGCCGUCAUUGAAAAUACGAAUUUGUUCUUAACUGACUUGCCUAGUUAAAUAAAGGUAAAAUAAAAAUUAGGGCAACUAAUGUCCAAUACUGUUGUGUGGAAGGCUAUGGUAUGCAAGCUUGCUUGUCCACUAGCUAAUUAGAAGAGCCUAAUGUGCUGUAUAGAUCAUUAUGAAUGAUAAACACACACACAGUGGUAUCAUGCUUCUGGCAGCUUUGAAAUGGCUUAAGUGUGUAAAGUUAAAGUUAGCCAGUUAACACAAAUGCCACCAAUCUGAACACUUUGACACUAACGACGGUCAUGUCAAUGUAGAACACCUAUGGUGCUGUCAUUUUGUCUUACAUACACUUCAGUUUGUACUUUCACCCAUACCUCAUCCAUGUAUUGUUGGAUACAGAUGUAUAAACGUGUGACAACAUGUAAUAUAACUCCAAGCUCGAAUGAUACUCUGAAACACGUAAGUGAGAUAAUACCAGGAUUCUUUGGUCGUUAAAAGGUGGAGUGGUUAAAAUAAUGACCCUAUUUGUACAAAGUUGAUACUGACUCUUUGCCUGAGGUGAAAGAGCUGUGUCAGCCAAGGUAGACUACAACGGGUCCUAAUUUGAGUUCUUGACUCAGUCAUGGUUAACUAGGUUCAAUAAAUAUGUAGCACAGUGUGAUAAGAUGUCAAACUUCUGAGAAGUAAUUUUUUUCUCCCUUUUUUUUUUUUUAGAAGGAUUUUGAUUUUCUAGUUUUGUUUUUUCCGGAACAACCCAAUAUUGGUUAGUUGUAGAAAGACCCCUUAGAAAACAAAGCUCUGUUUGUCUAAUACAGAUUAUUUCCUGAAAUGGUGAAGUGUCUUGUUCCCAAAGGGCAAAAGUGGUUGCACUGAUAUUUUUUGUGACAUCACGGUCAGGUUGUAUACUGAUUAGAUGUAUUUUUAGCAACCACAAAAAGGACAUCUUUAACUAGUUGUAAUCUGGUAUCUGACCAUACAACCAGAAAACACAUUUACAACCAGAAAAAUAACUCAUAACAUUCCAUGGCAAAUUUUGCCUUCUGGGUUCGUGUGAACUCCUUAUGUACCAUGAGUGAAAUCCAUGAGUGAAAUCCGCACUCAACCACACAAGACCUUGGCUUCCAUUUUGUUGAUUCAAAUAUAAAUCAGAAGUUACCCAAUUUCUUGGAUUAAAAAAUGUGUGCAAUGUCAAAGUGACUGUAGCUUUUUCAGUUAACACAUUGUCACAUGCAUUGUUUAUUUAUAAUAUGUUUGUUAUAUUUAUGAGGACACUUGUAAAGUAAUUUUGCACUAUUGUGAAAAUGGAGCAAUACACUGUAUAGUAAAUAAAUAAAUAGAUGUUUUCCGGUGUGAGGA